AUAGUAGUAGGCUAGCAGCAGUUCUUCAAUCUUCGAGGGAGCUGAUACGAAGACAAGUUUCCUUAAUUAACUGUUUACAACCAAUAAUGUCUACGGUUUCUUUCCUAUAAAUGUUAACAGCGUUCAAUGUUCAUGACCUAAACCGGGCAAUGUAUUCUAAGACGGAGAAAGGCAGACAGCACUGAUCACUGACAAGCGUGAAGCCAAAGCGAAUGGAUCCAAUGUCGUAGAUACCGCAGAGCAUGAUUUAAGAUGAUAUCUCAAAUCAUGCCGCAGAGUCGCAGAGAGACAGACUCAUAGAUAAACCUAUACAACAAGUUAUUGGCUAUUGGUUAAUAUUUGUGUAUAUCUAUGGUCAGACUAUAGUCUACAACAGCAGGCAGCAGCUGUCUGGGGAAAAAUAAUAAAAAAAAAUAAUAAUAAUAAUAAUAAUAAUAGUAAUAAUACAAAGACAAGUGUCUGUGGGCUCCCUGAUAGCACGUACUUAGAACUUAUAAAAUAUCAUUAAUAAUUAUUGUGACAUUGUGUAAUGUGUACAAUAAUAAUAAUAAUAUAGUCGCCCGACCGCCGUACACUAUAUUAUCAUACUUCUCUGUUUUCACUGUUUUCAGUGUUUGAUGGUGUUCAGGUACUUAUUCACGUCGGUAACUGAUCGGCUUGCACACAUACCACGGAUUUAAUAAUACAACACAUUGUUUCAUUUUACGGCCAUUUACGACGAUUUUACCUACGGUCCGUAUAUCGACCUUUAUGCGACUGUCGCCCGUAGCGACUAGCGAGUGAAGUAGUUAUAUAACAGUGCAUAAUAUCGUAAUCGGACACCGCUGCCGCCUUCUUUCGGUGACAUUUAACUACAAGUUGUGUGUGUGUGUGUGCUCAAGGCGUGUUGUGCGCACAAAUGUAACAUUCCGCCAGGACCAAGACAAACAGAAUCGCCAGGAUGGACGAAUCGGGAGACGGCCUAACCUCGACUGGCAGCAGGACGACCGCGCAGAGCUUCAAAGUAGUCCUGUUGGGCGAAGGGUGCGUAGGAAAAACGUCACUGGUGCUGCGGUACACCGAAGACAAGUUCAAUGACAGGCACGUCAGCACGCUACAGGCGUCAUUUGUCAAGAAAAAGCUCAAUCUCAAUGGACGGAGAAUAAACUUGUCAAUAUGGGAUACAGCCGGCCAAGAGAGGUUUCAUGCCUUGGGGCCGAUUUAUUAUCGAAUGUCCAAUGGUGCAAUACUGGUUUACGACAUCACCGAUGAAGAUUCUUUCCAGAAAGUGAAAAAUUGGAUUAAAGAACUAAAAAAGAUGUUGGGAAGUGAAAUUUGCCUUGUUAUUGCAGGAAACAAAAUUGAUCUAGAAAAAGAUCGUACAGUUUCAGUGGAAGAUGCUGAAAACUAUGCCAGUUCAGUUGGUGCUGUACAUUUUCAUACAUCAGCCAAAAUGAAUUCAGGCAUUGAAGAAAUAUUCUUGAGUCUGUGUCGUAUGAUGAUAGAAAAGGCUGAUAAACAAAUUGCUGAUAAUUUAGUUACAUUAAAUCGGUCAGGAAGCUCAAGAAGAAGAACCAUAAUAAUUGACGAUGAGGACGAUGUGCCAUCCAAAGAUUCGUCUCGUUGGUGUUGUAGUAGUUAAUUCAUUGCUUUUUGCCUUUUUUAAUAUGGUUUAAAGAUACCAAGAUUCAUGUUUAUUAUUAUAUAUAUAUAUUUUUUUUUGAGAAACCAUUCUGUUCGUGAUAUUUUUCACUUUUUGAAAAAAUUAUAUUUUUUUAUAUUAGUUUA